UCGCGCAACGCCAAGGUCAUCGCCCUCGCCGUCUCGGCCCUCCAGCGCCUCAUCCAGGGCGCCGCCGUCCCCCGAGCCUUCGUCUCGCAGGUCCUCGACACGCUCGAGCACGUCAUCCCGCAGGGCGUCGACAUCCAGCUCAAGGUCCUCCAGACGCUCGUCAGCCUCCUCACGACGAGCGCCCCUGCGCCGGGAGGCGCGCCCGGCCGCACGGCCCUCGAGCUCUCGCACCGCCUCUCGACGUCCAAGAUCCCCGUCGUCGCCUCGACCGCCUCGGCCACGCUCCGCCAGCUCUUCAUGUUUGUCUUUGAGCGCGUCCAGGACGAGGACGACCUCGUCGCCGCGUCGAGCGACCCACACUCGGACCCGACCCUCCCGAGGGCAACGUUCGACCGACCCGGCGGCGGCGGCGGCGCGACCUCGAUCCGGCUGCGGCCCGCCGCGCGCGACGCGUACCUCCUCCUCGAGGACCUGUGCCUGCUCAUCGCCGGGUCGGUCGACGGCGGGCCCGACGGCGAGCCGAGCUUCCUGCGGUGGGGUAGCCUGAGCAGGACGUUUGGGCUCGAGCUCGUCGAGAGCAUCGUCAGUGGCUUUGGCGACGUUGUUCGGGCGCACCCCGAGCUCCUCCUCGUCCUGCGCGCGCACCUGUGCCCGCUCCUCAUCCGGUUCCUCUCGUCGCCGCCGCACCACACCCUCUCGUCGUCGACCUCGUUCGCCUUCUCGUUCCCGCUCACGCUGCGCCUCACGCGCGUCGUCUUCCUCCUCCUCAAGCACUUUUCCGACCUCUUGACCCUCGAGGCCGAGGUCUUCCUCGUCAUGUUUGUCCGCGUCAUCGCGCCGGGCGACCCGGGCGGCGCGAGCGGGAGCGGGACCGGCGGCGGCGAGGGCGUCGGGGGCCACCCGACGGGCUCGCAGGGGCAGCACAGCCCGCUGUGGAUGCGGGUCCUCGCGCUCGAGAUCUUUCGCGGCCUGUGUGCCGACUUUGAGCUCACGGUCAAGGUCUUUCGGCGGGCGCUGCGAGGAGGAGCAGGCGGGUCGACCGUGUUCGGCGACAUGAUGACGGCGCUCAACCGGCUCGCGACCGAGAAGCCCUCGGCGCUCGGCGUCGGCGCCGCCGUCAUGGGCUGGGGCGUCGCUGCGGGCGUCGGAUCCGUGGUCGGGUCGUCGGUCGCCGCCGCCGCCGGGGCAGUCGGCGCCGCAGGAGGCGUCGUCGCGCCGCAGCCGAGCCUGAGCACGUCGACGGCCGCCAUGAAGCUCCAGUGCAUCGACCAGCUCGACAAGGCCGAGCCGCCCCACAUCCCCGACACGUACCUGUUCCUGCUCGCGCUCCAGUGCCUCGCCGCCCUCGCAGACGGGUUCGCCGUCUUCACCCUGAGCGCGAGCGCCGACGUCGCGAGGCGGUACGGCCUGUCGAGCGCCGGGCCGUCGACGGCGACGGCGGGCGGGCUCAACUGGGCCGCGCUCGACGCCAACGCCGACGCGGCGCGCGACCCGCAGGUCGAGUCGCUGCGAGUCGUGCGCGCCAUGGCCGAGUCGACCUGGCCCGCGUUCCUCGCGUCCCUGUCGUUCUUCAUCGCGACCGCCCUCGGCGACGACCUGUUCAGCGACGUCGUCGCGUCGCUCCAGAACUUCACGAGCGUCCUCGGCGCGCUCGACCUCGAGACGCCCCGCGAGGCGUUCCUCACGUCGCUGUGCAAGUUUGCCAUGCCGCCCCAGGUCCCCUCGUCGACCGCCGCCGCUGUCCUGUCGGCCGGUGCCGAGUCGCUCGCGCUCCUCGCGCACGCAGCAGGCGCCGCCACCGCCGGCCUGUCGUCGUCGUCGUCGUCGUCGCUCCCCGUCGGCCUCUCGUCGCGCAACCUCGCGUGCCUGCGUGCGCUCAUCGGCGUCGCCCACUACCUCGCCGGGUCGCUCCACGCGUCGUGGUUCUGCGUCUUCGAGACGCUCCAGAACGCCGACUUUGUCCUGCGCGCGACGAGCGCCGCGAGGGGGACCAAGAAGCGCGCACCGGCGGUGGCGCCGGCGGGAGCAGCCGGCGCAGGGUCGGCGGCGCCGCUGGCGGGCUCGCUCGCAGGAGGCGCGUCGGGCGCGGCGUCGAGCGGCGGCAGCGCAAGACCCGGUGGCGAGGCGCCGCCCGUGCCGGUCCUCCCGAGCGAGGCGGACGAGCUCGCGAUCCAGCAGGCCAUCGCCGAGCUGUUCGACGUCAGCAAGGAGCUCGAGGACGGCGCGUUCCGCAGCUUUGUCGGCGCCCUGUGCCGGCUCAGCGGCGAGAUGAUCGGCCUGUCGAUGAACGAGGACGGCACGGUCGUCCAGCAGCCCUCGGCGGCGGCGGGCGACGACCACGGCUCGGACGACGGCGGCACGACGACGCCGUCGGCGCUCGACACGCCGACUCGGCGCCGCUCGAGCGGCAUGAGCUUCGGCCGGCGAGGCGGCGGCAGCGGCCUGCAGGAGAAGUCGUUCGGCAUCGGCAAGGUCGGCACCGUGUCGCUCCUCAACAUGGCGCGCCUCAUCGAGCGGCCGCCGAGCGUCGGCUGGGACCUCGUCACGGGCCACCUCCUCCACGUCCUGCACUGCACGCUCGCGCCGACGCCGAUCCGCAUCCAGGCCGCCGACGUCCUCGGUCAGCUCCUCGUCCUCGCGCCCAAGACGCUCGCGUCGCUCGGCAAGGAGUCGGACGUCGACCUCGCCGAGCGCGUCCAGACCCAGGUCCUCGUCGCGCUCGCAGCGCAGGCCGAGCCCGGCCCACGCCUCCAGUCGUCGACCGACGUCGACAUCCGCCGCAUGGCGCUCGAGACGCUCCGCAAGAUCCUCGAGAGCAACGGCCACGCGUUCGUCACCGGGUGGGACCGCAUCUUCCACGUCCUGCGCACGGCAUGCCCGUCGGCGUCGCACGACGGCCUCGGGCACGGCGGCAUGAUGACGCCGCUCCGCGCCGACGGCGCAGGGUACUUUGCGCGCGAUUCGAGCGGCGGCGGCGGCGCUGGCGGCACCUCGGCGGCGUCGGCGAGGGGCGCCAAGACGGGCGUACUCGUCCGCACGAGCUUCCCGUCGCUGCAGCUCAUCUGCACCGACUUCCUCGACCCGCUCAGCAACGACGAGAUCCGCGACUGCAUCGGCACGCUCGCCGAGUUCGGCAAGCAGGGCGAGGACGUCAAUGUUGCGCUCACGGCCGGCGGCCUCCUGUGGAACGUGUCGGACCACGUCCAGGCCAAGAACCAGUCGGGCGACGGCGAGGCGGCUCAAGGCGGCGGCGACCUGUGGAUGUACCUUCUCCAGAACCUGCUCGCCCUGUGCCGCGACUCGCGCCAGGAGGUGCGCGACGCCGCCAUCAGCAACGUGUUUCGCUCGAUCGCCAUGUACGGCACGACGCUCGACGCGUCGACCUGGGACGCCGUCUGCUGGGAGGUCAUCUUCCCGCUCGUCGAGGACAUCUCGGCGUCGAUCCACCAGCACAACGUCGGCAGGCCCGACGACGACGACGAGCUCGGCGAGGAGACGGUCCCGCAGGCCAACGGCCCGCCGAUCCGCCUCGUCGACAAGCAGUGGGACGACUCGAAGCAGCUCGCGCUGCGCUCGGUCGGCGACGUCUUCUUCGAGUACCUGCCGCAGCUCGUCAAGACGGACCGGUACGAGGACAUCUGGCGCGCGUUCGUCAGCCAGGUCCAGCGCAGCUUUGUGCUCGACCGGCCGCACCCGGCGACGGCCGCCAUGCAGGCGCUCGACAAGGUCCUCACCGUCUCGCUCGACAUGUCGGACGCGUCGCGCAUCGCCUCGUCAUGGGAGGUGGCCUGGGCGGCGUGGGACGAGAUCGGCGCCGCGGUCGAGGACAACGCGCGAGCGAGCACGACGACCGACGACGAGGCCGACCCAGCGGCGCCCAAGAUCUUCACGCAGGUCAACCUCGAGGCGUUCGUCCGCACCGUGUUGCCCAUCUACACGCCGCCCUACAUCUCGUUCGACCUCGCGCGCGUCGAGCGGCUCCUCGCCGUCCUCAAGGCCGUCCUGACGUACUCCAAGAGCCCCGACUACCGGCCCGACGUCGACGGCCUCAUGCCCCUCCAGUCGGUCGUCCUCGAGGUCAUCGCCGUCAUCAAGCUCGACGAGAUCCCGGGCGCGACGUCGGCCGUCCUGUCGGACCUGUCCGAGUUCCUCAUGCUCGCCUUCACCUCGCCGUUCGAGAAGGCGGCGGCGCCUUCUGCCGCAGGCCGCACCUUUGCGCCGCAGCAGGUCACGUACGUCGCGCUCGCCAAGGAGGUCAUGCCGCACGUCCAGUGGCUGUACCGCAAGUACGCCGACGAUCCGCUCGUAUACGACCAAGGCGCCGUCGGCAAGAUGCUCCAGGCGUACGCCCCCCCGCUUCGCCUCAAGCACUCUUGCCCGGCGCCGGCCCGCUUCGGCUCGGCAGAGCCCCUGUGGAGGACGGCGACCGUCAACUUCCUCAAGGCCGUGCGCGACGUCAGCUCGGGCCUGCGCACCCUCGAACCUCAACUCGCUCGCGAGACGCACGAGGCGAUCUGGACCGAGAUCGUCGAGGGCUUUGCUGGCGCUCUUCUCGCUCCAAGCUCGUCGGCAACACGGUCGCUCGAGGACCUGUACGAGGAGGAGAACUUUGACCUCGCCCUGCUCAUCUCGCUCGAGCGCGACGUCCUGCCGCACCUCGGCUCGUCGCUCGUUCCCGACGCCCUCAUUCGCCAGCUCGGCAAGACGCUCCAACAGGCGUCCCGCCUGCACCACCUCGACCUGCCGACGCCCGAGCAGUCGCACCGACAGCAGAACGGUCACCCGUACGACACGCCGCCGCCAACGCCGCCCGAGCCCCGCUUCGACCCGGACUUUGACCGGCAGGUCGUCGGCGAGAUGCAGGGCACGACGGUCGAGGUCGUCGAGACGGCGCGAGAGCGGUUCUCGUACUGGUGCCUCGACCUGCUGUUCCACAUGUGCGACGGCAGCGAGCAGGGUGAGCAGCAACCGUCUCCCGACCGCCAGCGCAUCGCCGCGCUCGUCGUGCCGGCGCUCCUCAACCGCUGCGCCGCCGUUUUCCGCACCUACGUCGCCGAUGCCGUCCUGCGCGGCAAGAUGCCCUUCCCUCGGAUUCGGCAAGAAGAGCUCGUGUACCUCCUGCAACAGCUCCUCGCCCUCCAACUUGCGCCCAACACGCUGUGGGCCGCCUCGCAGGCCUCGCCGACCGAGGCGAUCGCGUCCCCCUUCCCCAUCGACGCCUCCCUCCCCUUGCCCGACCUCGUCCGCUCCGCCCUCCUCCGGUCUCCUCAAGCGCACCUCUACGAGCUGUACCCGCUCCUGACCGACAUCCUCCGCCUCUCGAACCUCGCGCCGUCG